AUGUUGAGGAAAGCAUUUUCUAGUUUUCUAGUAAUCCGUGAAGUAUCCUUUGAGGCUGGUUCAGAAAUGAUAGAAGUUUAUGCUACAAGGGUGAGGAAUGUGACACAUGUGCUUAAAUCUGAGGAGAACGUGAGCUCGGGUGAGUUGGUCCUGCCUGUUGCCAGUGAAGUCACAGUGAUUACUGAACUGGCGGCUUCAUCUAUUCUUUUUUUUUUUUUGGCACACCACCUAGUAAAACUUCUAAAUUUUUUGUAUUUUUUCAGAGGUAAUUCUAUUAUUUUAAUUUUAAACGUCUCAACUUUGUCACAUUGUGAUAUGUGA